AGAAGUGGGCGGGGCUGCAUGCAGGAAUUGACCUUCCUCUGGUGAUGUCUACGUCUAGUACUUCUAUAAUAAACUGAUCUCUCUGAUCUGAGACUCUUUCAAGGAUCCAAGAUGGCAGGACCAACUUCAGAUAAGCCAGUGGAUACGUACAGCCCAUUUUUUGGGUUUGUGUACAUCUUCAACCUGAUUAUUGGCGUUGGUGCCUUAUCCCUCCCGAAGGCUUUCAGUCAAGCAGGUAUUAUUCUGGGAACCCUACUCCUCUUUAUGUUAGCCUUCAUGAGUUACAUGACUGCCACCUUUAUGAUUGAAGCCAUGGCUAUUGCCAACGCUCUGUUCAAGUUUAGACAGAGGUCUGGUCAGAGUACGAGCAGCAGCAAGCUGUCGUCCAUCUCUCAUACAUCACCAGACAUUCAAAAAGUCGACGAGUCUGGCGUGGUGUCUGGUAGCUAUGGUGCCGUGGAUACCAGUCCCUCCCACCACUCGUCUCAGUAUGAGAGUGAGAAGACUCCUCUUGUGCCCACCGUCAUAGACUCUGAGACUGUGUUUACGGAUAGUGGUGACACGGAGCCUGUAGGCCAUGUUAUCCCCCCAGAUGACUAUGAGAUCAGCCAGAAGUUUGAAAUGGGCACUUUGGCUAACCAGUUCUACCACCCAGUGGGUGUGUUCUUGUACUAUGUGGUCAUCUGUCUCUACUUGUACGGUGACCUCGCCAUUUACGCUGUGGCCAUCCCAAAGUCUAUCACAAGAGUAGUAUGUGGUGAUGACAUCACAAAUUUCACCAACCUCACCAACCUCACUAACGUGAGCAGUGAAAACAUGGAAUGGAACCACUCCAACUCAACCGUGGAGUCUUAUUGCUUUGGCCAGGUCAACGAUCAACAGGCCUACUACAUAUUCUUGACCAUUUGUCUACUGCUCUUGUGUCCCUGGACCUUCUUCAACCUCACCAAGUCCAAGUAUCUACAGCUGUUCACCACCAUCUUGAGGAAUGUCGCCUUUGCUAUGAUGGUGGGUAUCGCAGUGUCCAACUUGGCUCUCGGUCCACCCACCACCCCCUCAUCCGCCUCCUUGUCCGGUUUCCCCCUCCUCUUCGGAGUCAGUAUCUACUCGUUCAUGUGUCAGCACUCGCUACCCGGCAUGGUCACACCCAUGAGAAGGAAGAAUGGCAUUUUCUGGAAAAUUGGAGUGGAUUUUGCACUGAUUCUGAGUUUCUACCUUCUCUUAGCCUUCACUGGAGCGUUCUGGUUACCAGAGAAUAAACUUAACGAUAUCUACACUCUCAACUUUUUCAGACGCGUCAUGCCAGAUGACAAUAGUGCUGAACUGCUCCUGUCAGUGCUUGGUUACUAUCUCGCUUUGUUUCCCGUCUUCACGCUCAGUACAAACUUUCCCAUCAUCUCCAUCACGCUCCGAGAAAAUUUGAAAGCCCUUUUCCGAGUUCUGCUCCAUCGUUGGAUUGGAGACAAUCCGUACCCCUGGCCAGUGGAACAUAUCCUCUUCCCUAUACUAGCUUUGUUCAUUCCAAUCGGUAUAGCAUUUGGGACGCAAAAUGUCGAGCUCCUCGUGAGCGUAACCGGUUCGUUCCCGGGUGUGGGAGUGCAAUAUGUGAUACCUGUGACACUGGCGUUUUGUGGCAAAUAUAUCAUCACAAGCUCCAAGAGGUACAACAUGAAAUACGAGAACAAAUAUAAGUCUCCGUUCAGUUAUAUCUUCUUCCUAGUGUUUGUGCUUCUCUGGACAACUGUCAGUAUGGUGUUGCUUAUAGUCGAUGACGCUCUGAAGAUUGCAAACGGAAAAUUCAUCUAGAUUGAGCCUUGUACAUGAUUGUGUGUGUGUGUGUGUGUGCCUGUAUUUGAUUGUUUUUAUACAGUGGAUGUGCUGUACUGUGUAUCCUGUUAAAUUUCAGCACAUGAUUUAUUUAAAUUAUCCUUAA